AUGGCGCCCGUGAAACGAAAUCGUCAUAUGGCGGACGAUGGCGACACCGAGGAGGUCGUCGACACGAGGGAGGCGCGCGCAUCUCUCGUGAACGAUCCACAGUCGCGCAAGCGAGCUCGACUGUCCCUUGACGAACCGACUCGGGGAGUCUCUUCGGUACCAGACGAUGACGAUCUGUCGAGCUCCGAAGAUGAGGACGACGACGCCUCCGAAGGCGGACACGCGCCACCCCAGACCCAAUACGAAAUGAUGAGAGAUGCCGGUUUCCGACACCUGCAAAAUCCUGAACAAGAUGACUGGCAAGCGACGCAGAAGCUCAAGCGACGGCCAGCCAACGUUGGCGAGAACAUGGUGGCCGAGAGCGGAAUCAUCGAGAGUAUCACUUGUUGCAACUUCAUGUGCCAUGUACGCCUACACGUCGAGCUCGGGCCUCUGAUCAAUUUCAUCGUCGGUGAGAACGGAAGUGGCAAGAGCGCCGUCCUUACGGCCUUGACCCUUUGCCUUGGUGGUAAGGCGAGCGACACCAACAGAGGCGGAAGCUUAAAGUCCUUUGUGAAAGAGGGCGAAGAGCACGGCAGUCUCACCGUGAGGAUCAAGAACGCCGGGACUGAUGCCUAUCAACACGAUGUGUACGGUGACACAAUCAUUGUCGAACGCCACUUCUCAAAGUCCGGCAGCAGCGGUUUCAAGAUCAAAAGCCAAAACAACCGCAUUAUCUCGACCAAGAAACAGGAGGUGGACGAGAUUUCCGAGUGGUAUGGCUUGCAGAUGGGCAACCCCCUGACUGUUCUCUCCCAAGACAAUGCACGACAAUUCCUCAACUCUGCCACUCCCGCACAAAAGUACAAGUACUUCGUGUCGGGAGUCCAGCUUGAGCAGCUAGACAACGACUACAAGAUGUCUCAGGACACAUUGGACAAGACGCUGAUCCUCCGAGACGACCUCAACGAGAAGAUAGGAUACGUCAAGAAAGAGAUGGAGGACGCGCAGCGCCUGGCCGAAACAGUGGAGAAGAACAACACCCUUCGGGAGAAGGCAAGACUGUACCGGACACAGCUCGUCUGGUCCCAGGUUGUAGAGCAGGAGCAGGAGCUGCAGCGCCGCGCCACAGACAUAGAAACUCGCGAACAUCGGAUACAGCAGGCUGAAACCGACUGCGAACAGAUGACCAAGGCCCUCCAUGAAAUUGAAGGGAAGCUGGAGCGAGCGAAAGCAGACCGCGAGGCCCUCAACGACGAGCAAGGAGCAUUCGAAGAGAGGACAGCCGCAGCCGAGGCCGCCUUUCAUGCAGCAAAAAAGGACUUGACUGAGCUUCAUCGAGAGGAGAGGGACGCCUACGGACGUCUCAAGACUGCAAAGACCGAAAUUGAAGCCUGCGAAGCUAAGAUUCGGGAGGAAGAACAACGCUUGGAUGAAUCCACCGGUUCUGCUCGUAUCCAGAAGGAGACGGAGCUGGGCCGGGAGCUGGCUCAGGAGACGAACCUGAAAGACAAGAGAAUGGAGAGCAACGACCAACUGCCUGCCUUGAGAAGCAAGCUUGCCGAGGCUGAGCAGGUUCUGAAGAAGCAACAGCAACUUCGAGAAUCCAAGAAACGGGACAUCUUGACCGCAGAAUCCGGCGUGCGGGAACUUGAGAGGAGUACUGGCUCCGUCUAUGACGGCUACGACCGGGACAUCAUCAAUCUUGUGAAGGCCAUCGAAAACGACCGGGGCUUUGACGAUAAACCUCUUGGACCUCUUGGAGCUCACAUCAAACUUCUCAAGCCAGAAUGGUCGGGGAUUCUCGAGAAGACUCUGGGUGAUGGUCUGAACGCGUUUGUCGUCAGAAGCAAACGUGAUCAGAGUCGCCUUUCAGGCAUGAUGCGGCAGACGGGCAUGAGAAAACCGCCGCCCAUCUACAUUGCCUACGGAGGGCAAAUCGAUACGACAGGACAAGAGCCCGACCCAGAGUUUGACACAAUAUCGCGGGUUCUCGAGUUUGACGAUCCUCUGAUUCGCUCGCAACUGGUGAUCAACAACCAAAUCGAGAAAAUCAUCCUUGUCAAGGAGCGUUUGGAGGCCGAGCGCGUGAUGAUCGACCACGGUCCGCCUCGAAAUGUAUCAGCCUGCAUUUGCUUCCACGACGGCAAGGGGAAGCGUGGCCAGGGCCUGCGAAUCACGAAUCGAUCGGGCACAAUAGGGACGAGCCCGAUUAUACCCAAUGGGUUGCGACCACGAAUGCAGUCAGACUCGGCCCGUCAACUUGCGCUGCAGCAAGAGAACCUGAAGCAGCUUGGACUCGAAUUUGUGGAACUGAGGAACGAGGAACGAACAGCGCAACAGGCAGUCGAGCAAUGUAGGGCCGGGCUUGAGUCCCAUCGCAGGCAGCAGAGCACACUCGACAAUGACCUUCGUCGAACGCAAGCCGACAUUGAGCGGAUACAGUCGGAACUCGACGGUUUUGAAGGUGCUGAUGACCGCCUAGUCCUCCUCCGAACCCAACUGGAAACGAAACGGAACGAGGAAUCACAGCUUGGGAAUCAAUACGGUAACAUGAGGUUGGCAAAACGAGACCUCAACGCCAAAGCCGAGGAGGCCAAGCGGCUUCUCGACAAAGUGAGAGACGAAGGCAGGACGUUUCACAACAAGAUCAACAAAGCGGAUGAAAAGAUCCAGUCCCACGAUUCCAUGAGGCGCAUUGCCGUCUCGAGGAAGAAUGACGCCUAUGAACGGCUUGACAUUGAGAAGUCAGCGCUUCGGCGGGCAGAAGAGAAACGUGAGGAGAAGGCCGAGGAGGUUCAGGAUUUCAUUCGCCAGGCCGAGACCGUUGCGCCCGGCCGUGUCCAUAUCCCCGAGGGAGAGGACUACAAGAGUAUUGAGAAGAAGUACGAGAAGAUCGGGGAGCAGCUGGCGCAACGCGAGGCUCGACUGGGCGCAACCGAUCAGCAAAUCUACGACCGUGCGAGGGAGUCCAAGACCAGAUACGACGACGUUAUGAAGCAGACGAGCGAUGUCGACGAAACCAUUGCGUCACUAAAACGAGCCAUUGAGCGUCGUCUGUAUCUCUGGCGACAGUUUCAGAGACAAAUCAGCGCUCGGAUCAGGAUCCAGUUCAAUUACCUCCUAAGCGAGCGCGGCUUUCGAGGGAAAAUCGACUUGGACCAUAGGGCAAGGAAGGUGAUCAUCCACAUUGAGCCGGAUGAGACCAAGAAGAGUUCUGCGGGCCGGAACACCAAGACACUAUCCGGCGGCGAGAAAUCCUUCUCGUCCAUCUGCAUGCUUCUCUCCGUGUGGGAGGCGAUCGGCUCACCUAUCCGAUGUCUGGACGAGUUUGAUGUUUUCAUGGACAAUGUUAAUCGAGCCAUUAGCACCAACAUGCUGGUGGACGCGGCUCGACGAUCUGUUUCGAGGCAAUACAUCCUGAUCACGCCGAAUGCCAUAGAAGGGCGAGCGAGGCUUGACAAAGAUGUAAAGAUAAUCCGCUUGACUGAUCCUCGGCAGCGAACUUUGACAUGA